AUGGGAGUACCUAUUGAGUCUGACGACAAGAAACCUACGCAAAAUCCUCAAGCACUCGACGGAGCCGAUGAUACGAUCUCUACCGGUGUGGUCGUUUCGCCAGAAUAUGACGAGUAUCUACGUUUGAGUGAAACCUUCAAGGGCGAGCGGCUGCAGAAACUUGUGCGAAAGCUCGAUCUGCGCAUUUUACCUCAGUUGAUUUUCAUAUACUUACUUUCCUAUGUGGAUCGGAGCAAUGUCGGAAAUGCCAAACUAUUCGGCGCUGAGGAAGAUAUGAAGCUGAGCAGCCAGCAGUGGAACACCGGGUUGAGUGUGUUUUUCGUGACCUAUGCACUAGGUGGAACACCCUCCAACAUCAUUCUCAAACGAGUCGGGCCCAAGAUCUGGCUCCCGGUCAUACUAACUCUCGUCGGACUGAUACUGGUCUGCUCCGGCCUUCAAAGCAACUACGCAGGGUGGAUAUCCUUCCGCAUCAUCCUCGGCCUUCUAGACUACACGUGGGGGUAUCGCGGCUGGCGCUUCAUCUACGUAAUCGAAGGCACAUUCACAUUCUGCAUCGGGCUCGCAUCCUUCUUCUUCAUCUACCCGUCGCCCGCACACGUCGGGGGGUGGCUCAGCCCUGAAGAGCGCCAAUUCCUGCUCCUCCGACACCGCUACUCCGCGGGUGGCGAGACCGGCGUGGCCGAGAAAGAAGGCUUCUCGAUGCGCUACGCCACGCAGUCGUUCCGCUCGUUCCACGUCUACGCCAUCACCGCCAUGGAACUGACGCUGUGCGUCGUCGUCUACGGCAUCUCCUUCAUCCUGCCCACUAUCAUUGCGAACUUGGGGUACUCGGCCGCGCGCGCCCAGGCGUUGACCGCGCCCCCGUAUGUCUUUGCCUGCGUGGUGACUGUGAUGUUCGGGUACGCGUCCGACCGGUUCCAGCAGCGAAUGAUCUUCGUCGUGUUGCCGAAUUUAAUGGCCGCGGUGGGGUGUGCGAUUAUCAUGGCGAGUGUAAGGUAUCCGCAUGUCGAGGGCGUUACGAUGUUCGGGUGCUUUCUCAUGGCCGGGGGACUGUAUCCGAUUCCGCCGGCCGUGACGGCUUGGAUUUCGAUCAAUACGGCAGGGUCGAUGAAGAGGUCGGUUAGUAUGGCGUUGAUGAUUUCGAUAGGGCAGUUGGGUGGGAUUAUGGGGUCGAAUAUCUUCAUCGCCAAUGAGGCACCGCGGUAUCCAGUUGGGUUUGGGAUCUGUCUUGCACUUUUGGUGGUGUUUGGGAUUUUGUGGCCGGUUGUCUACUACUUUAUUCUGAAGGGGAUUAAUGCUCGACGCGCUGCGAUUCCGAUCGAGGAGAUUCAGGCCAAGUAUACGGAGGAACAACUGGCGGAGAUGGGCGACGAAAGUCCGAUGUUCAGGUAUGCGACUUAG